GACAAAAAGGAAGGGGGCGUGUAGUGAAAAACAAGCUGGCACGUCUGUAUGUAUCUGGUCUUAAUCGAUUCGUUCGGCGGAAUAACAAAAAUAAAACAUUAGUUUUUAGCUUUUCUGUUUUAUUUAUACAGAUCAAAAGGGGGCAAAAUUCAAUUCAGAUUUUCAACCACUCAAGAACCCUAAAUUCCAGGACGUUAAAGGAAGUAUUUUGCAAGCUAUAUCCUGAGGGGAAGGAAGUAAAGGGCUGGAUCAGCUUUUGCUUUUUGUGGGCGUUUCAUUAGUAGGCACUUCGGGAAGAAACGUACUGUUAGUAGGAUGGUUCAAUUGGUUUCAGGAGAACAAGACAUCGAAGCUGGAUUAGCUCAUGCCACCCAAGAAUCCACAUCAGAUACUACUGUUAGUGGGGUCCGGAGCGAACCGGUGAACUUCGGUGUGUCUGAAAAGACUGAGGAUGAUGAUGAUCUAAACUAUCCCCUGAUGGGAACAGAAACAAGCAGCCAGAGUUUACAUCUUUCUGGUGGAAAAAGCAAUGAUAUUGUUAAAAAAGUUAAGAAGUCGAGAAAGGCUUCGAAGCCGCCUAGACCUCCAAAAGGCCCUUCUUUCACUGCUAAUGACCAUAAGGUGAUGAAGGAAAUUGCGGAGCUCGCCAUGAGAAAGCGUGCCAGGAUUGAGAGGAUGAAAAAUUCACUUAGAAGAAUCAAAGCAGCCAAGUCUUCUUCUUCAUCAUCAUCCCCUUAUUCAUGCUUUAGCAUCUUCUCAGUUGUAGUUUCGUUUCUGUUCUUCGCCUUUCUACUCUUUCAAGGAUUGUUUGCAGGCAAUAUGACUAUGAGUUCAGACAACUCACCUGCGCCAAUUGGUUCACCUAACAACAACCAACUGAUCUCAGUUCAGUUCUACAAUGAUUUUGCUCCCGUUGAGCAAACCGAUCCCAGCCCUAUCACCUCGUACAGAUACGCGAGGAAGCGAGUUUCGGGUGCAGAAGAAGACUAGAGAUGAGAUGACAUGUCAUGUCACCGAGAAGCGUCUUCUGUGUUUGGUAUUAGUCUCUCCUUGUUUCGAGUUUUGUUCCUGUCUUGUCCCCUUUGUAUAUCUGUGUUGUUAACUGUGUCUCUCUGUCGAAGUUAGGUCUUGUAAAACGACUGCGUUCUAAAUAAUGAUGAUGAUGUAACUUGAACCCAUCAAUCUAGCCUGGGCCUGUUGUUUUUUCAUCAA